ACCAGCACAAGGUACAAAAUUAUCUGUUAGACCAUUUACGCAGCUAAUUAUUUUUUUUAUUCUGUUAACAAAAAAUUUCUUUAACAUGAAAUAUUUUUGUAUUUCAUUAGUUUUUUUAUCAAUAUGUAUAAUAAAUUGUUUUGGUAAUUACGACGAAUGGUCACCAACAUACGGUAAUGGCAAAUUGCAUGAAAAAUUCGCAUGGAAAAUGUUAGAUUGGGAAUUUCCCAAUGAAUCAAUUAAAAAUGAAACAAUUUCAAGUGGUAAUUAUCAACCGGAAAAUGGACUUCCAGUUGGUAUUGAAAUAUGGAAAAAUAAACUUUUUGUAACAGUUCCAAGAUGGAAAAAAGGUAUACCAUCAACAUUAAAUUACAUAAAUCUAGAUCAACAACAAAGUGGUUCACCAAAAUUAAUUCCAUAUCCAAGCUUGGAACAAAAUACAGCUGGUGAUUGCGGAAAUGGUUUAACAACAGCAUACAGAAUUCAUGUUGAUCAGUGCGAUCGUUUAUGGGUACUUGAUACUGGUACCAUUGGUGAUGCGAGUGAUACCGUUCAAGUAUGUCCAUACACAUUAAAAGUUUUUGAUUUAAAUACCGAUAAAAUAAUCCGAAAAUAUGAACUCCAAUCAAAUGACACUAAUCAGAAUACAUUUAUAGCAAAUAUUGCCAUUGAUUUAGGCCAGGGUGGAUGUAAUGAUGCAUUUGCAUAUAUGUCUGAUGAACUCGGCUAUGGCUUGAUUGUAUAUUCAUGGGCUGAAAAUACAUCAUGGCGUAUACAUCAUGGUUAUUUUUUUCCUGAUCCAUUAAAAGGUGAUUGGACAGUUGGAGGAUUAAAUUUUCAAUGGGAAGAUGAAGGUAUAUUUGGUAUGAGUUUAUCACCAAUUACCUGUUAUGGAUUUAGAACAUUAUAUUUUCAUUCAUUGAGUAGUUUUCAUGAAUUUAGUAUAUCAACUGAAAUUCUUCGUAACAAAACAUUGGCAUUAAAUAGUUAUCAUGCAUUCAAAGUUGUUGGUGAAAGAAAAAAAGGUCAUUCAACAGCUGAGACAAUGGUAAAUGAUAUUCAAUUAUUUAAUCUUGUUGAUCAAAAUGCAGUUGGAUGUUGGAAUUCAAAAUUACCAUAUACACCUGACAAUCAUGGUAUUAUUGCUAAAAAUGAUAAAACAAUGAUAUUUCCAGCUGAUGUCAAGGUAAAAAAUGGUAUCGUUUGGAUUGUCCAAGACAAUAUGCCUAGUUUUAUGAUAACUGGAGUUAAUUUUAAUGAAAUUAAUUUUAGAAUAUUUACAAUACCAUUUGCUGAAGCAAUUGCUGGUACUGUUUGCGAUAGUCAAAUCUACUAAAUUUAUUUUCGUUAAUUAAUAUAAAAAAUCAAUCAACAUUUAUAUUUUUUAAUUUUU